AUGCUCCCUCAAACCCGGGCGCGUGUGCCCGCGGCUCUCCGCAGCCUGUCUCGGUCCACUAUCCCAGCUCGCUCUCUUUCAACCACCCUCCCCCGAUUCCAGAAAGAUGAAGGUCUCAACCGAGUCUCCCGACACAUCACUCAGCCCAAGUCCCAGGGUGCCUCCCAGGCUAUGCUGUACGCUGUCGGUCUCCAGGAGGAGGACAUGAACAAGGCCCAGGUUGGAAUUUCCUCCGUCUGGUUCAACGGUAACCCUUGCAACAUGCACUUGCUCGACCUGAACAACAAGGUGCGCGAGGGUGUCCAGGACCAGGGCCUUGUUGGUUUCCAAUUCAACACUGUCGGUGUCAGUGACGCCAUCAGUAUGGGUACCACUGGUAUGCGCUACUCUCUGCAGAGUCGUGACCUGAUUGCCGAUUCCAUUGAGACUGUUAUGGGUGGUCAGUGGUAUGACGCCAACAUCAGCAUUCCCGGUUGUGACAAGAACAUGCCCGGUGUCAUGAUGGCCAUGGGUCGUGUGAACCGUCCCAGUUUGAUGGUUUACGGUGGUUCUAUCAAGCCCGGUUGUGCUGUUACCCAGAACAAUGCCGAGAUUGAUAUCGUUUCCGUCUUCCAAGCCUAUGGACAGUUCAUCGCCAAGGAGAUCACUGAGCCCCAGCGAUUCGAUGUUGUUCGUCACGCUUGCCCCGGUGAGGGUGCCUGUGGUGGUAUGUACACUGCCAACACCAUGGCCACUGCCAUUGAGACCAUGGGUAUGACCCUCCCUGGUUCCUCUUCCAACCCUGCCAACUCUCAGGCCAAGUACCUCGAGUGUCUGGCUGCCGGUGGUGCCAUCAAGAAGCUGCUCAAGGAGGACAUUCGCCCACGUGAUAUUAUGACCCGCCAGGCUUUCGAGAACGCCAUGGUCGUUGUCAACAUCACCGGUGGAUCCACCAACGCCGUUCUGCACUUGAUUGCCAUUGCCGACUCCGUUGGUAUCAAGCUCACCAUCGACGACUUCCAGGCCGUCACUGACCGUAUUCCCUUCCUGGCUGAUCUGAAGCCCUCUGGCAAGUACGUCAUGGCCGAUGUUCACGAGAUCGGUGGUACUCCUGCCCUUCUGAAGAUGCUUCUGAGAGAGGGUCUGAUUGACGGCUCUGGUAUGACCGUCACCGGUGAGACUCUCGCCAAGAACUUGGAGAAGGUCCCCGACAUGGCUCCUAACCAGAAGAUCAUCCGUCCUCUCUCUGAACCCAUCAAGCCUACUGGCCACAUCACAAUUCUGCGUGGUUCUCUGGCUCCUGGCGGCAGUGUUGGUAAGAUUACUGGUAAGGAGGGUACUUCCUUCACUGGAAAGGCUCGUGUCUUCGACGAUGAGGAUUCCUUCAUUGCUGCGCUGGAACGCAGCGAGAUUAAGAAGGGCGAGAAGACCGUUGUCGUUAUCCGUUACUGUGGUCCCAAGGGUGGCCCCGGUAUGCCUGAAAUGCUCAAGCCCUCCGCUGCCCUGAUGGGUUACGGUCUGGGCGCUGACUGUGCUCUGAUCACUGAUGGCCGUUUCUCCGGUGGCUCUCACGGUUUCCUGAUCGGUCACAUUGUCCCUGAGGCGGCUGUUGGUGGACCCAUCGGUCUCGUCGAGGAUGGCGAUGUCAUCACUAUUGAUGCUGAGAAGCUUCGCCUCGACCUUGACGUUUCUGACGAGACUCUGGUCGAGCGUAGAGAGAACUGGGAGGCCCGCAAGGCUGCCGGCCAGCUGCCUGAGACUGGUCUGACCAUGCGUGGUACCCUGGGUAAAUAUGCCCGAUCUGUCCAGGAUGCUAGCCACGGCUGCAUCACUGACGCUUUAGAGUAA